AUGGCUGUCGACCGCCUCUUGUCGACGCUGCUGCGCUCGCUGCAGACGUAUACCGACCAGCAGGACACGCCGCGGCUUCUUGGGACCGCGUCGUCGCUGCUCACCACGCUCGGCAACCCCCACAAUCUCAGUCUCCUGACCUCGCAUCUGCUCACGGCCCCGGCCCUGUGGGACCGCCCCGAUGGCGUGCGGACGCCCCUGCGCAUGCUCUCCGUCUUCCACGCUGCCGCCACCACAAUCGUCACCCAUCACAACGACGUGCGCUUUGCAAAGGCCCCCAAGCUUGCCCCCGGCCAGCUUCCAACAGGCGGCGGCCUGUCGCUGGACGAGUGGAUACGCGCCGUGGUAGCUGGCGCCGACGACCGCAGCCGGCGAUGGAAGCAUCUGGUCGUGCUCGGGGGCCUGCUGAUUGGCAUUGCCAAUCUGGAGGAGCAGGGCAUGCAUCUGUACUGGGCGUCGGCUGUGCGCAAGAAAGUAGAAGCUGCGCUGGUGCGCGCGACCAAUCUGGCGCUGGUCGAAGUGAGGGAACGCUCCGAGGCGGAUGGCCUGGGAGGCCACACCAUCACGCUGGUGCUCAACCACACCUUUGGCUGCAUCGGCGAACUCGAGCGCACCCAGCUGGACUACGACAUGCUGCUUCCCGUGCUGAUUGGCACCGCCUUUUUCUCCAAUGAAGGCUUCCAGUCGGCCUACUUCCUCGGAGGCUUGAAUCUGGAUGUGCGCGCGACCCCCUCCGGGAAGCUGGACUGGAGUCCACGCUCGAGCUCCUACAGGCAGGUCGAGGUCAUGCUGAAUAGGCCACUCGUCUCCUCAAUGGGCCCUCUGUCGCGCCUGAUUGCGCACUCGGUCGAGAAUGUCAAGAACCCCUGGAUCGUCCAGACCAUGAUGGACGACCUUGCCAGCUUUUCUCGCGCCCUGACAACGCAAUGGCGGCAGACCAAGCUCUCUGACAUUGAGCCCGCCGAAGAAGCAGCCAGCCUGGAAGAAGAGGCACUCCAGAAGACUACACCGCAAUUGUGGAACCUUCUCAAGGCUGCCUUGUUUGCAACGACCAUCAUACUCCGCGGCGUCUUUACUCGAGUCAUGGCUGACAAGGCCCUUGCUGCGGAUGCCGUUGCCCCACUGCUUGCAGCACAAGCCUUGCAAAUACUGCGCCAUCUCUACUUUAUCACGUCCAGGCUAGGCCCUGCCUCGUUUUCUCAACACACGUUUGUCUACCUCACAGCCAUUGACAUACUCGCCGCCUACCCCAACCAUGCCGACAAAUUCCUCAAAACCAUAGCCUCGCAGCAUCUGGGCAAGAUCCCGAGCCAUCCUCUCGAUCGCAUCCUGGAUCUUUAUUUCCUUAACACGGCAGAGCACUUUACCCUCGUACUAUCACCAGCCACCAACGAAGACUUGCUCGUAGCAUCAGCAGUGCCCUACCUUGCAGCCGGCGAGAACCGCCACAUGCUGCCUGUAUUCGAGGCCGCACAUAGCGUCAUGCUGGCAGUGCUGUCCGCCCCUCAAUCAGCAGAAAUCACAGCAAAGCAUCUACCCUUCUACAUUGACGCCUUGUUCGGGGUCUUCCCCCACAACCUGACACCCCGCCAAUUCCGCCUCGCCUUCAAAACCCUCAUGCGCGUCACAGCCCCUCCAUCAGCCCUCUCAGCAACACACCCAGAUCUCCCCGCCACGCUUCUGGAAAUCGUCUAUCACCGUGCGCUCAACGCGCCCACAGCCCCGCUUCCCCUCGAUUCCGUCGCAAUCGCACUCCAGGGCUCCGACGCGCCUCCCCCGGCCCUCUCCGAACAAGCCGUCCUCGCACUAACCCUAAUCGACGCCCUACCCUACCUCCCCAUCCCCUUACUGGAAGAAUGGCUCCCCCUCUGCGCCGAGCUCCUCAACCAAAUCGACGACGACGACAUGCGCGACAACGCCCAGCGCCGCCUAUGGGAGGUCCUUGUUAGCGGCGAAAUGGAUCCCGAGCGCAGUAAUCUGGCAGUCGCCUGGUGGACUACUAUGGGUGGUAGAGAGCGCGUCUUGUAUGGACGUGAGGAUUCAGGUCUCAGUUACAUGAGUGGCGCUUUACCUGUUGCUGAGGAGCGUAAUGUACGUCAGAGUAAAUUGUAGAGCUGUUGUUGUUGUUGCUGCUGUUGUUUAGUUAGUCAGGUACCACGUU